CAGAAAGCUCCGAAUAUGCGAGGCACCAAAUUUAGAAGUGGGAACAAAAUCAAAGUGCAGGGCUGGGUUCGCUCUGUGAGACCCCAGAAGGAGAAUCUGUUCCUCCAUGUGAAUGACGGGAGCUCCCUUCAGUCUCUACAGGUAGUGGCCAGCUCAGAGCUCAACCACAGACUGCUGACGUUUGGGAGUGCUGUGGAGAUCUCAGGGAGCCUGGUCACCAGUCCCAGCCGCAAGCAGGACGUGGAACUGCAGGCUGACCAGAUAGAUGUGGUUGGAGAAUGUAACCCUGUGGACUUCCCCUUUAAGAUCAAGGAGAAACAUGGUCUGGAAUACAUCCGUCAGUUUCCUCACCUGAGGUGUAAAACCAACGCCUUCAGUUCCCUGCUGAGAAUACGCAGCGAAGCCACCGCUGGUAUACAGCAAUAUUUCAAGGAGAAGGGCUUUAUUCAGGUCCACACCCCAGUCCUCACCUCUAAUGACUGUGAAGGGGCAGGAGAGCUCUUCCAGGUUGAGCCUGCAGGUCAGGAGAAGAACCAGGAUGAGGAAGGGCCCCAACACUUCUUCUCUGUCCCAGCGUACCUGACUGUCUCUGGGCAGCUGCAUCUGGAGGUCAUGGCUGGGGCGUUUCCUGGAGUGUACACUUUUGGACCAACGUUCCGGGCAGAGAACUCUCAGAGCAGACGUCACCUGGCUGAGUUCUACAUGGUGGAGGCAGAGAUCUCCUUCACACAGUCACUCGAGGAUCUAAUGAAGGUGAUGGAAGACUUGUUCAGGUCUACAACAGAACAUCUCUUGUCUCAGUGUCCUGAAGACGUGGCUUUGUAUCACAAACACGUGUCACCAGGAUACAGGGACUAUGUGGAUCUAAUGAUGAAGAAGAGUUUUAAUGUGUAAGUGUGUGUCAUGAUUAUGCAAGCUUUAAUGUGUCCCAAAUGUCUCCCUAUUCCCUACAUAGUGCACAAAUUUUGACCAGGACCCAUAGGGUAGUAGUGCACUGUAUAGGGAAUAGGUUGCCUUAUGGGUCAUGUCUCACAUCUACAAAUCUAAAUCAAAUCAAAUGUCACAUGCUUGGUAAACAACAGGUGUAUACUAACAGUGAAAUGCUGACUGAAGGGUCCUUGGUAAACAACAGGUGUAUACUAACAGUGAAAUGCUGACUGAAGGGUCCUUGGUAAACAACAGGUGUAUACUAACAGUGAAAUGCUGACUGAAGGGUCCUUGGUAAACAACAGGUGUAUACUAACAGUGAAAUGCUGACUGAAGGGUCCUUGGUAAACAACAGGUGUAUACUAACAGUGAAAUGCUGACUGAAGGGUCCUUGGUAAACAACAGGUGUAGACUAACAGUGAAAUGCUGACUGAAGGGUCCUUGGUAAACAACAGGUGUAGACUAACAGUGAAAUGCUGACUGAAGGGUCCUUGGUAAACAACAGGUGUAGACUAACAGUGAAAUGCUGACUUAAGGGUCCUUGGUAAACAACAGGUGUAGACUAACAGUGAAAUGCUGACUGAAGGGUCCUUGGUAAACAACAGCUGUAGACUAACAGUGAAAUGCUGACUGAAGGGUCCUUGGUAAACAACAGGUGUAGACUAACAGUGAAAUGCUGACUUAAGGGUCCUUGGUAAACAACAGGUGUAGACUAACAGUGAAAUGCUGA